AUGGAAAAUGAAGUUAACGAAACCCGUAAUAUGCUCAAUAAGCUGCUCAUCUCAGCCGAAGAUAACCAUAUUUUGAAAGAAACUUCAGAGAAGCGUAUUGCACUAGGUCUUCACAAGACAGAUUAUAAUACUGGAUACGAUCGAAAACUUAUCGAAGUGUUCCACACGAGUUCGAAUGUGGUGCAUAAUGCGCAUAACGAUCAUCGAAUCGCAUCAAAGAAUACCGCUAAUCAACAGAGUUACAUCGAAACGCUUCUUUCUGUGAACAUAUUUGUUUAUAUUCGAUUGUUAUCGCUCGAGAGCAAUCGUCAAACCAUUCUUUUCUGA